AUGGAAGCGGAUCAGAUUUCCUUUGCUGUGUUUGUGUCCGUAACUGCCCUGUGUGGAAUUAUAGGGAAUACUCUUAUCAUUGCGGUAUAUUUUGUUAAGAAACAUUCUUUUGCAAUUCGCAAAUACAUUUUAACUCUGUCUGUGGUAGAUUUAAUUAUCAAUGUUCUCAUUAUUCCGUAUUCAGCGAUGUUUGAAUUCAAAAUGAUAACUAAUGAUGGCAUAUGUCAUGGAAUGGAGAUAAUACGUCAUGCAUCGAUUGGAUUUUCGAAUUUGAUUCUCAUAUUAAUAGCCGGUGAACGUCUGCUGAUGGUGUGGAAACCAAUGAGGAAUGUAGUUUCCUCACAAAUGAAAACUGCCUUAAUUCUGUGUUUGCUGACGGUAUCUACAAUAUCUGCAGUUCCAGCGGCUCUGAUAUUUGAAGUGGAGUCACACGACCAUCACUACUCUCCAGAGAAUGGUAUACACAACACGACAGUCCGAAAUGAACGUACAGAGAAAUACUGUCGUUAUACUUCGUCUAAGCUGGGCGGUACUGGCAGUAAGAUUUACCGCGAUUUUCUCUCCUUUAUGAUAGCGACUGAACUUCUGCUGCUGAUUGUCUUCUACGUCAUCAUAUACGUAAUUCUUUACUGCAAUAGAAGACGGCUUCGUCGUUCCAUGUCCUUUUCUACGGGUCAGCGGCAAGAAAAUCGACAAACUCCGAGGAGGGAGAAUAACAGCACUCAAUCUAACCCAGACAUCAUUCCUAUGAACAACAUGGGAGGAGGAUCUACAGCUCCACAAUCAAGUGUGGACAACGAAGCAGAAUCGACAAUUCAUGAUUCCUCAGCUACAUCUCAAGGAGACGUAAAUACUAACCAAGCCAGGAGAAAUCGUGCUCAAAGAACCCACAAGAAAAUACUCCGUUUUUCUAAAACGACAUCAUAUGUUCGGACAAAAACAUGGACCAUGAUGUUCGCGUGUACUUUCAUUUAUCUUGUCUGCUGGGUUCCAUUUUUCUUCGCCAUUUUCAAUGUGUAUGACUUUCUGGUAUUUCGAUACUUUUUCUUUCUGGGACAUGCCACAAAUCCGAUUGUGUACAGUGUAAUUAACGAAAAGGUCAGGAAAGGAAUUAAGGAGAUAUUAACGAAAAAACUAAUCAAGUGUUUCAGAGAGUAAACUCAGUACAGUGUAAAUAACGAAAAAAUCAGGAGAGGAAUCAUGGAGAUACACUUAAAACACUUGUUACGCGUUUCAGAAAAACCUUUAAAUUUGGAACCUUUCCACAGACAGUUACAUGUCGUUGAAAGCUUCUUUCUUGUAACUUUUAUCGGAAUGUAUAUGAAUAUAAAAAAUUUACAGGA